AUGGAAUUUUUGGAGGUGCAAUGCCUUGCAGACACCGACGAGUUUGUACAGUGUUAUCCUUUGCCGGAAGGAUGUAAAGCUCUCAAACUGGACCUGUCGCCAAGAGGACCUCAAGACGGCUUGGCUGCCGCGAGCAAUCCGAAGGGCUGUCCUUCCAGGCAGCCAGCGAAUCCGUCCGUGCCGCAGUGGCCGCUGCUCAAGGAUUCUCAGAGGCAGGACAACGCCAGAAUCAGUGGCGGAUUCAGUGCGCUGAUGGCUUGUCACCAACCUCUUCUGCUGGAGGUGUCGUGUUACCUCGUCCAGUCGCCCAAGGACUUCUGCGCCAUUGGUCAGCUCAGCCCUGCUUUCACACCGCUGCUGGAACCCUUCAUGGAUCGGCUGUGGGCAGGCUUAUACCAGGCUCGGUGGCCCUGCUUCUACAGCUGCCUGCUCCACCGAGGGGCGGAGGCAUGGUACACGCUGUACUGGCAGACUUGGAGGGGGAACAGCGAAUUCCAGAUGGAGAUCUUCGACCGUGAGAAGAAGCGAGGCUUCUGCAUGUCGGCGAUGCCGGCCUUUGUCCAAUAUGACCAUGCUGCCGAUGCUUAUGUUGCAUCCUACAUAAGUGCGAGCGAAGUGAUGCCAGAGGUCAUCCCGAGGGCCCAAGAGCACCGGCUGCGGUUCUGCCCGCCAUCCGCUCGACAAAGGCUUUGCGUAAGCUGGCUGCCGAUGCCAGAGGUUCCCCGGAAGCGGCUGUGCCCCAGCUACAAGCGGCAGAGCACUUAUCCGUACAAGGUUCUGGAAGGCCUGCAUGGAUUGGAGGUGGGGAAGCCGGUCGAGCUCCAGUGGAAGAUGCAGCUGGGUAGCCCCUUCGGUUGGUGGUUUUGCCACCUCGAAGAUCUUUGCGAGGACAGUGACAGCGAGAUGGCCACUGCGACGCUGAUCUUUAAGCACUUCUCACCAAGGUCGCAGUGGUAUCGCCUCAAAGUCCGGGUGGGGGGCCGCGAGGUGCGGCGCAGCGACUUCGGCGGCUUUACCGGUGGCCUAAGGGCGGUGACCCCUGAGGAGGAAGCACUGUGGCAGUGCUUUCUCCCUUCCAAAGUGCUGGAUGUAUAG